CAGGUCAAAGGUCAGAUCACGCUCCUCGCGAGCAGCUUAUUGAAACUGAAUCGUUAUCGACUUAAUUUUAGUUGUUUUCUUUGAAAUAGAGCCCAACAAACUACACGCAUACAUUUGUUUUUCUUUGUUUAUCCUCCACUUCUGGAGCUCUUUGGUGAAUUUACGGGUUAGCCUGGCUAGCGUCGCUAGCUGCUUUAGCUAGCAGACAAGUUAAGCUAACAAGCGGAUCGUAAAAAAACGCAAACAUGCAGGAGAUUCUGGCUAGCGUGGACCACAUCAAGUUCGACCUGGAGCUCGCUGUGCAGCAGCAGCUGGGUGCUCAGCCUCUGCCUUUCCCUGGCAUGGACAAGUCCGGAUCUGCUGUAUGUGAGUUCUUCAUGAGAGCAGCUUGUUCGAAAGGUGGGAUGUGCCCGUUCCGUCACAUCAGUGGGGAGAAGACUGUGGUGUGCAAGCACUGGCUCAGAGGACUGUGUAAGAAGGGAGAUCAGUGCGAGUUCCUGCAUGAGUACGACAUGACCAAGAUGCCAGAAUGCUACUUCUACUCCAAAUUUGCUGAGUGUAGCAACAAAGAGUGUCCGUUCCUGCACAUUGAUCCAGAGUCCAAGAUGAAAGACUGUCCCUGGUAUGACAGAGGUUUUUGUAAACAUGGCCCUGACUGCAGACACCGACAUACAAGAAGGGUGAUCUGCGUUAAUUACCUCGUGGGCUUCUGUCCAGAAGGAAGAUUGUGUAAAUUCAUGCACCCCCGAUUUGAGUUGCCAAUGGGAGCACCCGACCAGCCUCCUCUGCAACAGCAGAUGCAGAACCAGUUGAAGCCACAACCUGUGCCGACCAUCGGUCGCAUGCCUCUGUCGGUGGUCCCUCUGACCACCUCCACUCCGGGCCAUCGGCUGCAGAACAACAACAUAGGAACUUCAGCUAUCCAUCAAAACAACAUGACAAUGAACCGAGGGCCCCGGCCCCUGGACCAGGUCACCUGCUACAAGUGUGGCGAGAAGGGUCACUAUGCCAACAAGUGCACUAAAGGACAUCUUGCCUUCUUGAGUGGUCAGUAGUCGUUUGAUGAUCCACAUGCCACAGCACUCUAGCUCCGCCUCCCCUGACAUGAGGCUGGAUGAAAUGAAGCAGCUCUUUGAAAAUCCACAACUGAAGAAAAAAAAAAAAAAAUCUACCUGCAAAGUCCAACUAAUGUCACGUGUGAUUAUCUGGAGGCAUUACAAAAGACAAAAAUGGUUGCCUUUUUGCCUCUUGGAUUCCUGAAAAUGAUCCUGAUGUUACCAGCAACCCAGCUGUGGUUAUGGACCUGUAUGAUGUGUGGUUUCUGGGGUGACGUCCUUUCACACAGAGUCCAGGGUGCACCAGAAGAAUUCUGAAGAGUUGCUGCCUCAGCCCAGUUCUGCUAGAACACUGGAUCUCUUCCAAUAAUUCUAGUCAAUGGGAAACUGUCAGAUGCCAGUUGAAAUUCAAAGGACAGUUUGUAUUCGAACAUGUUUCCUGCAAACUAAGGUUCAUAUUCCUGAGUUGUCACACGGUGGAGUCGAAUGGUGACUCCUGAAAGGAAAAAAAAAAACAAAAACCUUUAAUUAGCUCUCUGUUGUUAAUCAUUGACUAAUUUAACUGCCAGACUUAAUGCAGCGGGCACAAAUAAAGUCUUUUUAGAUUUUUCUUAAAUCUGUA